AUGGCGUUUCGACCAGGAUUCGGCGCCCCACCGUUUGGAGGGUUCAGCCAAUCUUCAAUUUACUUUAAUCCAGUCUUAUCGAGGCCAUUUGGAGCUACACCCGCAGCAGCCCCAGUUCCAACAAAAUCAACUCCUGUUACAACCGUAUUCAUUGGAAACAUUUCUGAAAAAUGCACAAAUGAGUUCAUGCAACAAAUGCUGCAGGAAUGUGGUACUGUCACAAACUGGAAGCGAAUCCAAGGCUCCAAUGGGAAGUUUCAAGCUUUCGGAUUUUGUGAUUAUGAAUCGCCUGAAGGAACACUCAGAGCUCUGAGAGUUCUUAAUGAUUUCCAAAUAGGAGACAAAAAACUUGUUGUGAAGGCUGAAGACAAAGUGAAAGAGGAGCUGAGAACAUGGGCUGUUCAACAUCGUAAAGAUCUUGGCAAAGCCCCUUUAAAGAUGAAAGAAGGAGAACUUCCAGCUGAUGAUGAUGAUUUGAAAAAAGAUGAAGAUGUCCGCUUGAAAAUUUUAAAUUGGAUUGAGAGCGAUCAUCCCGAACUCUUAACUCUAGCAGAAGACGGCGAGUUGUCGGAUAAAGAUGGUAAACUGAAGAAAGAUGGCAAGGAGGAAGACAAGAAAAAGGAUGAUGAUCGAAGGCGUAGACGUUCUAAAUCCCGCAGCAGAAGUCGUGAUCGUCGCCGCAGGAGCAGAUCCACUAAGCGGAGACGAGUACAUCAUUCUUGUUCUGUCUCUUCACGUUCUUCGUCUUCUAGCUCUGAUUCCUCGUCUUCAUCCCGAUCCCGAUCCCGUUCUGAUUCACCAAGGAGGAAACGCCGCGACCGCAGUUCCAGCAGAAGCCGUGACUCUGAAGAUAGUGAUGAUGCCAGAGAAAGAAGACUCUUGAAAAAGCAGAUUAAGGAAAAAGAAGCGGCUUAUAUGGUUCGCCUAAGAAAUUGGGAGAAGAGGGAGAGAGAACGUGCCAAAGUUUAUGAAAAGGAAGAAAGAAAGGAAAAGGAAAGGAAGAAAACUAUAUUGAAAGAAGCCAAGAGGUUGAAGUCUUUCCUGGAAGAUUAUGAUGAUGAGAAGAACGACCCUAAAUAUUACAAGAGUUCCUACUUGUUCCAAAGAAGGAGGGAGUUCGAGAAAGAGAGAGAAGCUGACGCGAAAGAUCGUUUGCGGGAACAAAAUGAAAUCGAAGAGCUUAAGAGACAAAUUUUGGCCGAAAAUAAGAACGGAGAAGAUGCUGAUGCUGAAGCCAGACGUAGACAUCAAGAAAAAGAAGAUGCAGAAUUACGAAGGCUCAGAGCUGAUAGUGGUAGUCCCAAUCCUCAUCAAAAGCUUGGACAAGGCGAAGAUGGUGGCAGUACCAGUAGCAGUGACACGGAUGACGACGAGAAAAGCAACGAUGAUGUAAACGGUGAAGCCGGUAAUGCUCAAGACAAAUGGAGAACAGUUGAUAUCGCUAACUCUAACUCACCAAAUACUGUUGCUCCAGUGAAGUUAGGAGCUUCCUCCCCUGUGGCUAUUCAACCCCCGAAGAGAGAUCUUACACAGAGACUCAACGGCGUAUUCGGAGUUGAUGAUGAAGAUGAUGACGCCAAUAUUUACAAAAGAAAACGUUUAAAGCCAUUCGAAAUAACGCAAGAAGACAGAAUGGCUUCUCUAACAGACGAAGAAAAAAAGAAAAUGGUUAGAGAUUUGAUAAGUAGAAUACCAACGGGACGAGAUGAUCUCUUUGCCUUUAAUAUUGAUUGGACAUUUGUCGAUAAAACAACCAUAGAUCAGAGGGUAAGACCCUGGGUUUCAAAGAAAAUAAAUGAAUUCAUCGGAGAAGAAGAACCUGCCCUAUGCGACUUCAUUUGUGACAAAAUCACGAGAAAGACAGCCCCUAAUGAAAUUCUUAAUGAUAUUGCUAUGAUAUUGGAUGACGACGCAGAAGUAUUUAUGGUCAAAAUGUGGAGGUUACUCAUUUAUGAGAGCGAGGCCAAGAAAUUAGGGUUACCUAAGCUCAAGUAA